AUGGACAAGCACGACGAUACGGCCAAGGAGGAGGAGGUCGAGUACAUUGACUACAAGAAGCCUCAGGAACCGAUCACUGGGGAGCUCGACAACGAUCAAGCCGACCUCUAUGCAGAAGCCUUGCAACGCUAUCCGAAUGAUGAAUCAAUUGAUCAGGCAGAUGAGAAAAGACUCAAACGCAAGCUGGAUAGACGCAUCAUCCCAUUGCUGGGAAUUUGUUACUUCUUCUACUACGUCGACAAGACUACCUUGUCCUACGCAGCAAUUUUUGGCAUCAAAAAAGACCUGGACCUAACUGGAGAUGAAUACUCAUGGCUGUCAAGUAUCUUUUAUUUUGGCUGGCUGGUCUGGGCAAUACCUUCCAACCUCAUCAUGCAAAGAUGCCGACCUGGGUGGUACCUCUCCUUCAAUAUAUUCAUGUGGGGAGCUCUCCUCAUGUGUCAAGCUGCCGCGAACAACUUCCCAGCUCUGGCAGCAUUACGUAUCUUGUCCGGAGCAUUCGAAGCCAUCGCCGAUCCUGCGUUCAUGCUUAUCACAUCCAUGUACUACACUCGUGAGGAACAGCCCUCUCGAAUUGCAGCCUGGUAUGUCUGGAAUGGCGUGGGAGUGGCUGGUGGUGGUCUUAUCGGAUACGGAAUUGGAAAUAUCAACGGUGCUCUUGCCUCCUGGCGAUACGAGUUUUUGAUCGUCGGUGCUUUCUGUUCGGUCUGGGCUAUUGCGCUCUGCCUCCUUCUCCCCAAUUCACCCACGACUUUCAAAGGCUUCUCUCGCGAUGAGAAAUUGAUCAUGAUCGCUCGUAUGCGCCGUAACCAGACUGGUGUUGAGCAGAAGCGAAUUAACUGGGACCAAAUCAAGGAAGCAUACCUCGACUACAAAACAUGGUUAUUUACCUUGUUAGGUUUUUUUAGUAAUUUACCUAACGGAGGUUUGAGCAACUUUUCCACACUGGUUAUCAAAGGCUUGGGGUUUGAUACGUUACAUACAGCAUUGCUCGGUAUCCCUCAAGGAGCCCUGGUAGUGAUCUGGAUUGGGUUGGGAGCCAUGGCAAACAGAUAUUUGCCUAAGAACAGCCGCACAAUCGUAUGUGCUCUUUUCAUGUUGCCAACAAUUGCGGGUGCUCUCGGAUUCUUGUUGGCACCCGACACCGCCUACGUCGGAAGACUGAUUUGCUUCUAUCUGACUGGCUCAUACCAAGCCUCUUUCGUGCUGUCUCUCUCGCUUGUGACCAGCAAUACUGGAGGUCAAUCGAAGAAGAUGAUAGUUUCCGGAAUGAUUUGGUUCGGCGCAUGCGUUGGAAACAUUGCCAGUCCAUUCUUCUACAGACAGGAGCAAGCACCUUCGUAUCCUCUCGGGAUCGGCUCCCUGUUAGUAGCGAAUUGUGUCGAGCUCGUGCUAUUUGGAGUUCUGAGAUACGUGUUUAUCUGGGAGAAUAAGCGUAAGGAGAACACCAGACUCAGGAUGCGUGAAAGUGGUGAAGCUGCUGCGCUCAAUGAUACAGCGUUCAGCAAUUUGACGGACAAGCAGAAUCCCAACUUCGAGUACGUUUACUAG